AUGAAGAUGCUGAUGUGUGACCGCGGCGUGCAGAUGCUCGUCACGACGGUGGGCGCGUUCGCCGCCUUCAGCCUCAUGACCAUCGCGGUGGGCACGGACUACUGGCUGUACUCCCGCGGGGUCUGUCGCAACAAGAACAGCGGAGACAACGACACCAGCCGCAAGAACGAGGAGGUGAUGACGCACUCCGGCCUGUGGCGAACCUGCUGUCUGGAAGGAACAUUCAGAGGAGUGUGUAAGAAGAUUGAUCACUUCCCAGAAGAUGCUGACUAUGAAGCAGAUGCUGCUGAAUACCUCCUCCGUGCUGUGCGUGCCUCCAGUAUCUUCCCCAUCAUGAGUGUGGGUCUGCUGUUCCUGGGGGGGCUCUGCGUGGCCGCCAGUGAGUUUUACCGGAGCCGACACAACGUCAUCCUCAGUGCAGGAAUCUUCUUCGUCUCCGCAGGCCUCAGUAACAUCAUUGGAAUUAUAGUCUACAUCUCGGCCAACUCGGGCGACCCGGGUCAGAGCGACAGCAAGAAGUCCUACUCCUACGGCUGGUCCUUCUACUUCGGCGCCCUCUCCUUCAUCAUGGCGGAGAUGGUGGGCGUGCUGGCCGUGCACAUGUUCAUCGAGAAGCACCGCAAGCAGCGAGCCAAGUCCCGCACCGAGCUCAUCAAGAAGUCCGCCUUCAGCCGCAUCCCCUCCUACCGCUACCGCUUCCGGCGCCGCUCCAGCGUGCGUUCGUCCGAGGCCCCCAGCCGCGACACCUCCCCCCUGGGGAAGGGGGGCUACACGGGGCCCGCCGCCUCCGAGAUGCCCAUGUACACGCUGAACCCGCGCGAGGCGGGCAACGCCGGCACCAAGCCGGGCGGCGGCAUGGGCGGGCUGCUCAACUCGGAGAGGGAGUUCCUCCAGAGCAGCACGCUCACUAAAGACUACAACAAGGACCCCAACCGCCGGACCACGCCCGUCUGA